AUGGCUCGUUUGGCAUCGAUCCUGGCCUUGGCCCUGCUGGCGCUCGCCGCAGCCCACGCCGACGUCUACUGGGGCGCGCCCAACAGCGAGGCCUGCCCCUUCACCGGCGAGGCAGCCCUCACCUGCACCUCCAUGGUCGACAACUGCUCCGGCCGUGUGUUCAGCAACAAGCAAAGCGAGCCCUCGACUCUCAGCAACUCCUUCCUCCAAAUCCAGCGUCUCUCCGUGCCCGAGAACACGUUUUACGAGCUCAAGGAGUUCCACAUGGUGUACACGCACAAGUGGCUACCGCUGGCCUACAUGGUCCACGAUGGCCUCAACUUCACCGUCAACGUGUGGAACUCCAGCCGCGCGGACCCCAACCGCGCGGUCAACUGGCUGACCCCGCUCGUGUCGUUCCAGCGCGUGCUGUUCUUCCGCGGCUCGGACGGCCAGAUGUGGAACAGCGCCUACCGGAUGUACGGCAACGUGAGCGCCACCAUGGGCGGGCCCAUCAAGCUGUCGGCCGGCGAGUACCUGUUCUCGAUCAACGGCUACAUGACGGCCAACCCGGCCACCUACGCCAACGACGCGGCCUACCAGUGGUACCAGACGCCCGAAAGGAACCCGUACUACGCCAACGACUCGUUCAUCCAGUAUGUGGGCAAUCUGGUCACAUACAAGUUCUCGCCGCUGUCCUGGGGUCCCAACAACGGCACCUCGUGGUGGACCUCCACGCCCGGCCGCGCGUGCUCGUGGACCGCCGGCGCGCUGACCAACCUCACCGACGGCAGCGUCAACGACCCCACCCUCAAGUCCACCCUGAACCACAUCAACUACGUCGUGCGCUACAACUUCAAGGUGCCCAUCACGCAGAUCAACGUGACGGACUUCAUGGUCAGAAUGAACAACUACUUCAACGUCGCCGCCUACUCGCCCUACGCGAGCGUCCACGUCUACUCCGUCCAGCGUCAGUUCACCUGCUGCUCGUGGAUCGAUUGGUACAUCAACACGUCGUUCGGUCCGAGCCUCAUGGCCCAGGGUCUCGGCCUCUCCGAGGAGACGAUCGCCAACGCCACCGGCAUGCCCACCAACAACCUCCCUGGCCAGAUCUGGGGCUGGACCAAGGACACCUAA